AUGCUCGCAAAGGCCGCGCAGAAUGCGCUCGCAAAGCAGGCCAAGUCUCUCUUCAGAUUUAAGGGUUGCCUCAAUAUCAAGCGCAAUGCCCCCCAUAUCAUCAGUCGGCCUGCCACCGCGACUGCAGCGCUCCCAUUACCUGCCUCACGCGACGAUGUGGACAUAGUAGCUCUCUUUGAUCAGCCACAAGCGGCCCAGCGCUCAGCCUCUACCUCCUACACAGGACUCUUUGGGCACCCCAUACUCACUACUCCAGCCGCCUUCAAUGCACUCGCUGACUCUACUCUGCGACGUGCACAACUGCUUACCGAGCGUGUACUCCGGGCCCGGGAGUCGCGGGAAGAGCUCUUCAGGGUCGUCAAAAACCUUGACAGGCUCAGCGACCUACUUUGCGGUGUUAUCGACCUCGCGGAGUUGAUCCGAAACGCGCAUCCCGACAACGCAUGGGUCCAGAGCGCUGACGAAGUUUACGAGAAGUUAUGCGAAUUCAUGAAUAUCUUGAAUACCCAUGUUGGACUAUACGAGGUUCUACAUGCAGUCCUUUCUGAUCCCGAGGUGGUCAGGUCUCUCAGUCCCGAAGCACACCAGACGGCGCUCAUAUUCUGGCGAGACUUUGAAAAGUCUGGGAUAGACCUGCCUCCAGAGCAGCGAAAUCGCUUUGUUUCUCUGUCGACGGAGAUUUCACUCCUCGGGCGGCAGUUUCUUAAUGAGACGGCGAGCGCCCGACCACCAGCUGUCAUCAAGCCAGCAGAGCUGCAGGGGCUGAAAGAUUUGGGUAUGGGCGCUCGUUUGAGGCUCCAAGCGCAGGUCACCAACCGAGACCUCCUUGUGUAUCCUGGCUCCCUGCAGGCCCAGAUGAUCAUGCGCUCAGCGCCGGCCGAGGAGCCUCGAAGGAAGGUGUACAUUGCAGCAAACGCCAGCACGCCGGAGCAAAUUCAGACACUCGAGAGACUAUUGCGUGCUCGCGGAGAACUUGCACGACUGGUAGGCAAGCCCAGCUUCGCCCACAUGACUCUCUCCGAUAAGAUGGCGAAAUCACCAGAGAAUGUGCAGCAUUUUCUUGACGCGCUCAUGGAUCAUACACAUCCGUAUGCCCGACGAGCUCUCCGCACGCUCAGCAUGCGAAAGCAAGGACAUCUGAACACUGAAUCAUUCCCGACCAUCCAGGCCUGGGACAGAGACUACUACUGUCCUCCAGAGCCACCAGCGCCACCCGUCUCGCUACCACCCCUGACGCUUGGCACGGUGUUCAUGGGCCUCUCACGAUUGUUCCAGAACCUCUACGGCAUCUCUCUUCGACUUGCGGGAGUAGCACCCGGUGAGGUGUGGCAUACUAAUGUCCGGAAGCUCGAGGUCAUCGAUGAGCAGACCGGAGUCCUCGGCUGGAUUUACGCGGACCUCUUUGCGCGUCGAGGCAAGCCGAGUGGCGCUGCGCACUACACAGUGCGCUGUUCGCGGCGGGUGGACGAUGACGAUGUGGAAGGGGACUUCCGCUAUGCCGACGAGCGCGACCGGACAAUCGUGCAAAUGUCCCAGAACUUCGAGGAUGCGCACCGUCGACAGUUCCCCGGGCAGGAAGGCACCUUCCAACUUCCGGUAGUAGUCCUGCUGUGCGAGUUUGCAAGACCUUCAAUUAGCCGAGGGCCUACCGUCCUUGAAUGGCACGAGGUGAUGACCUUGUUCCACGAAAUGGGACAUGCCAUGCACUCCAUGAUAGGACGGACCGAGUAUCAAAAUGUCUCUGGAACACGUUGCGCGACAGACUUCGUGGAGUUACCCUCUAUCCUUAUGGAGCACUUUUUAAGCUCGCCCGCUGUCCUCUCCCUCUUUGACCUCGACGACUCAUUCUCAAUACGUCAAGCGGGCAACCAUCACGAGGACCCAUGCCGCUCAAUAGAUACACACACUCAGAUCCUUCUCGCUGCGCUUGACCAGAUUUAUCACUCCUCAGCAGCCCUUGAGGAUGACUUCGAUUCGACGACAACUCUUGCGGGACUGUACGAGGUGCGAGGGCUUAUUCCGUAUGUCCCGGGCACCUCCUGGCAGACCCAAUUCGGGCACCUCUUCGGAUAUGGUGGAACUUACUAUUCUUACUUGUUCGAUCGUGCCAUUGCCUCGCGAGUGUGGCAGAAGCUCUUCUCGCACAACCCGCUCACUCGCACAACGGGCGAGAAGUUCAAGCGGGACGUCCUGAGUCACGGAGGAGGUAAAGAUCCAUGGAUGAUGGUGAGCAAAUUGCUCGGUGCCCCGGAACUAGGUAGCGGCAAUGCAGAGGCGAUGGCGGAAGUGGGAAGGUGGAAGAUCGAGGAUGAGGUCUCCGUGCCAGGUCGACACUGAGACUAGAACCAAAUGCGCAUGUAUAUAGCUGUCACCAAGAGCGAUGUACACCCCCUGUACACUUUC